CAGAGAUUGAGUUAAACCAUUCAGAAGUCUAUAAUGAAGUUUCUGCUAUUGAUCCUGACCUUGCAGGUCUCUGCUUCUGGAGCUCUCCCCCUGAAUAACAACACAGGCCCGGCAGAAACUGAUGUGCUAUUUUCCCAAAGGUACUUAGAAAACUUUUAUGACCUUAAGAUAGAGAAAAUGACAAAGAUGAAAGUCGAUGCAAACUUUAUAGAGGGAAAAAUCCGGGAAAUGCAGCAGUUCUUUGGGCUACAAGUGACUGGGCAACUGGAUGCAUCUACUCUGGAGACAAUGCACACGCCUCGGUGUGGAGUGCCCGACGUUCAUCACUUCCGCACGAUGCCAGGGAGGCCAGUGUGGAAUAAACAUUCCAUCACCUACAGAAUCAAUAAUUACACUCCUGACAUGAGGCGUGAGGAUGUUGACUAUGCCAUUGAGAAAGCUUUCCAGGUAUGGAGUAAUGUGACCCCCCUGAGAUUCAGAAGGAUUAACACGGGCGAGGCUGACAUCAUGAUACGUUUUGCACGUGGAGCUCAUGGAGACUAUAAUGCUUUUGAUGGCAGUGGUGGAGUCAUAGCCCAUGCUUUUGGACCUGCAGCUGGUCUUGGAGGAGAUGCACAUUUUGAUGAGGACGAAAUUUGGGCUAAAAAUUACAGAGGCACAAACUUGUUCCUUGUUGCUGUUCAUGAGUUUGGCCAUUCCUUGGGUCUCGGCCAUUCCAAUGAUAAGAAGGCCAUAAUGUUCCCCACCUAUAGUUAUGUUGACCCUAACACAUUUCGUCUGUCUGGUGAUGACAUACGUGGCAUUCAGUCCCUCUACGGAGGCCCAGAACGCCAACCUAUGCCAAAUCCCGACAGUCCAAAAUCAGUUAUGUGUGACCCCAAUUUGAGUUUUGAUGCUGUCACUACAGUGGGAGACAAAAUCUUUUUCUUUAAAGACAGGUUCUUCUGGUGGAAGGUUGCUGAGAGACCAGAGACAAGUAUUAGUUUGCUUUCUUCCUUAUGGCCAACCUUGCCAUCUGGCAUUCAAGCUGCUUAUGAAAUUCCAGCCAGAAAUCAAGUUUUUCUUUUUAAAGAUGACAAGUACUGGCUAAUUAGCUAUUUAAGACCACAACCAAAUUAUCCCAAGAGCAUACAUUCUUUGGGUUUCCCUGCCUCUGUGAAAAAAAUUGAUGCAGCUGUUUUUAACCCUCUUCAUCAUAAGACCUACUUCUUUGUAGAUCACCAAUAUUGGAGGUAUGAUGAGAGGAGACAGUUCAUGGAUCCUGGUUAUCCCAAAUUGAUUACCAAGUACUUCCCAGGAAUUGGGCCUAAAAUUGAUGCAGUCUUCUAUUCUGAAAAUAGAUACUACUAUUUCUUCCAAGGAUCUAACCAGUUUGAAUAUGAUUCCCUGUACCAACGUGUCACCAAGAUGAUGAAAAGCAAUAGCUGGUUUGGUUGUCAGGACCAGAAUAACUAAUGGUGUUUGCCAGUUCCCUUCAGCAUACUGAAUAUUUAUUGCACACUUGCUGUGUGUUUUGUGUACCACUAGAUAGCGAUAAUGUGUCAUGAAACAAGAUAAAGUCUACAGGCCAGAGUAAAUGCUUCUGUAAAUAUUUUUUCUAUUUUGAAAGUCCUCAUUGUCAAUUUUGCUUGACUCUACCAUUAAGUUUGAAAAUAGACACCUUUAAAGGCCAAGAGAGUACUUUGUGGAGAAUGCUCUAUAAAUUGGUUCCUAACAUCCUUGGAUGGAGAGAUUAUAAUUAUUUCUCUAGCUUAAUAUAUUCAAUUAAAUUAAGCUUAAUAUAUUAAAUAUAUUAAAUUAAUUAUUUCUCUAGCUUUAUAUAUUAAAUAUGAUAAAUUAAUUUUUUCUCAAAUAAAAAC